GUCUUUACUCCACUUAGGUGGCCUACCUCGUUCGAAAGCUGUCCGCUUGUAUAGAGUUUCAAUACGUGCGCCACUCGCGACCCGAGAGCAGGGCGGCGCAUACCAGUUGUUCGCGUUCAAGGGCGUGAAUGAGCAGCUAUUCUCCGCCGUUUGCACGUCGUGCACAACAGGGUUCUGCAUGAACUUGCGAACUAACUCUGCAACAAAUGUCGCCCAACCUUGUGUCUUAGACAUAUACUUGAUACUCCGACAAGCAACACACUCUCUGCAACCUGCAGCAAGCCUGCCAGCACCCCGACAUAAGAACGGCGUCCAGCGCAAACAUUCUUGGCUCCUUCGUUCUCCGUCUCGCAGUUCGACGCACCUUCCACGGUCUAGACGGCCACACGCCUCGAAAACAUGGCACACAGUAGCCACAUGAUGAUGUCUCCACAAGAAGUCCUUCAAGCUCUUAAUGCUAGGUCCUACCCACUCUCAACAAUACCUAUUAAGAACUUACAGUUUACCUCAACCGUCGACUUGGUCAGGAACAUACCCAACCGCGGUGUCGCGCUUCUUGUUCGCGCCUUGUCGUUACCCGAGCGUUUUCCUGACAAUUCUGUGCGCACCAUUGUCCAAGAUGCAGGUAGCAAGAAGCUGGGCGUGGUGCUCAACAACGCAGAUCCUAAUCUGGACGCUGAUGACAUUCUGCCAGAAGGCGCAUUCCUGGCAGUAAAGGAACCCUUGUAUUCUACGUCAAUCAUCCCGGGCCACACCAUCACAGUCAAUUAUCCUUCGGAUCUUUUGCGUCUCUCACCUCUUGAUCCUUGCGUUCCCAGCCACUGGCUAACACGAGAAGUGCGCCUCCAGAAGACUAGCGAGGUGUGGAAGAGAGCCGGAAACUCCUUCUACGCCGCGGGGCGAUACGUCGCUGCAAUGCAUGCGUACAUACAGUCAAGGGCUCCAGAUUCGCGCGACCUUUACUGUAACCGCGCUAUGGCGAAUCUGUGGCUGGGUCGGCAUGAAGCUGCAUUGACAGAUGCAGAGGCAGGUCUGGCACUCAACCAACCACUUUCCCACAGCACGGCUGCUGCAAUGAACUGCAAGGCCCACUAUCGAGCCGGACGCGCUGCGUAUGAGAUGAGACUUUUCGAGUAUGACAGAGAGCACUUUCUUGCGUCCGGCAAUUGCGUCCCAAACGACUCCGAUGCACAGCUCCUCCGCACGGAUGUGCGCUUGAUGGAGAUGAGUACCGGGCAAUUCGACUUCGCCAGUAUGCCCUUAUCUGCCGAUCAACCUGGGGCUCCACUGGAUCACGCCAGCUUUACCCGCCUUGUGGACGUUCGUAGCGCCGGCCCACGCGGGCGAGGACUCUUCGCGAAAAGCGCUUUCAUGCCCGGAGAUCUGGUGCUCUGCGAAAAGGCCUUUGCUACGGCAUCGGCCUCGCCCCAGAGAGCGCUCGAAAGCGGCCUCAUACCCGAGAGACGCGUGCACAUCAAGGUUUCUUCACAAGCGGCGAGGGACUUCAUGAAUCUUCACGCCGGCGACCAUUGGCCUAAAAGUCCUGCGACGAUCGUGGAUGGCCUGGUUGCAAUUGACGCCUUUCAAGCGGAAUCCAUUACUAGGCACAACUGCUUCCAAAUCCCCGCAAGGGAACGAGAAGCUUCCCUAGACAGAGUACCAACUGGUACAAAGGAAGAGGCUUGCGGUAUGUGGAUCACGGCAUCGUACAUGAACCAUGAUUGCAUUGGCAAUGCUAAGCGGUCGUUUAUUGGCGACAUGCUCAUUGUGCGUGCGACCAAGGCCAUAGCUGCGGGCGAAGAGAUCACCUUGUCAUAUGUUCCAACAGAGGAUGCCUACGAAACGAGGACGGAGACACUGCAGGCCUGGAACAUCAGAUGUCGGUGUCGUUUGUGCGUUGCCGAGGAGCAAGACACCAUCGUUGCGCGGAAGCAACGCGCUGGUCUUAUCGAGCAGGCCGAGCGACUGAUGGCGGCCAACCAGCUGGACUCUGGCUCCGUCAGCUUAGCGGUGCUUUCCGACGCGGAAGAGCUGUUUGCAAAGGCUUGGUCUAAUAUCGAUUGGCACGUAGCUUAUAAUGCAUAUUUCGGCCAAGGAGAGUCUGAGGUGAUCUUGAAGAUUACCAUCGACCUGUUGCGCAACCUUGGCUAUGGCAUCACAGCACGAGGUGACGACGUGAUCAUCGACCAUACCGACUGCUUUCUUCAUAGUGCGGCGAUCUUGGCAGCAUACGCCGUAUCAAUCAUUGGAAAGGCGGCUGGAGCCGACACUCAAAGCGAAGCCUUUGCAGCGUUGGCAAGGCUACUGUGCCGGACGUAUUAUGGCGAGGGUAUUAGCUUCGGAGAAUGGGAACUGGGGUGCAAAGGAAGCUGA